AUGAACGAAGGAGAAGACAAAAAAAGAAAAAUAUGCGAAAACGGGGUUACAAUUGAGGGCGGCGCCUUCUACAAUCCGGCACAGAUGUUCAACCGGGCGCUUACCAUAAAAAUCAUAAAUCAGUUUAUCCAGGAAGGGCAGCGGCCAGGCGUGGUGCUUCUGGAGUGCAUGUCAGCAACUGGGCUCCGGGGAAUCCGGUACGUAAAAGAAAUAUCCGGGGAAAACACAAUUGUGAUGAACGACAUAUCGGAAAGGGCCUGCGAAAGCAUAGUGUCGAACUGCCUGCAGAAUGGGGUGCCUGCAGAGCUCAAUAGGGUGGUCUCGUCCGGGAGAAGCUCGGUUGAGGUGCGCAAUGAAGACUGCAGAGUGCUUAUGCUGAGCAGAAAGAGGGCGUUUGACGUGAUAGACGUAGACCCGUUUGGAACGUGUGCGCCGUACAUAGAGACGGCGAUUGAGGGGCUUGCAGAGAACGGGCUCCUGUGCGUUACGUCCACAGACUCGAAGGUCCUUUGCGACAAGCCCCCCGAGUCGUGCUACAAGUACUACGGAUCGGUCUCCAUGAACAACUCGCACGCCCACGAGACGGCGGUGCGAAUAGUCUUGUCGUACAUAUCGAGAACUGCGGCCAAGCUAGGGCGGCGCAUAACUCCCCUGGUCAGCCUGUCCAUGGACUUCUUCAUUCGGGUCUUUGUUCAGGUGUCGUACGACAAAAAAGGCUCAACGGAAACCCUGCUGAAAAACCAGAACUACUUUAUAUGCGCAUGCAUGAACAAGAAGGAGCAGCCAAUCCUGCAGAAAGAGCCGAAUAGGGAGGUGUACAAGCACGUGAAGGCCCCUGCCUCCACCACGUGCAGGAUGUGCCAGCGAACUUUCAGCAUGUACGGGCCCAUUUGGAGCGGGCCUCUUCACAGCAGAAAGUUCCUGGACGGAGUCAUUGCCGGAAUAGACCGUGCGGACAUAUCCAGCAAGACGGGCGGUGUCAAAGAAACAGCGUACACUGAGCCGCAAAUCAACCGGAGGAUACACGGAAUGCUUUCCAUGGCCAGGGACGAGCUAGACAGCGUGUUCUACUACUCGAUUCCGACAGUCGCGUCAAUACUCUCGUUUCCUGUGCCGCCGUUCCCCAUGCUCAUUUCAUUCCUGCACGCAAACGGCCUUGCGGUCUCUCUAACGCACUGCAAGCCCAACGCCAUAAAAGUCGACGGAGCAGUUGAGUACGUCUACCUCUCCGUGAUUUUGUACUACAAGAACAUUCGCCCAAGCGUAUACGCAGUUUACGAGGACAGGCUGCAGGGAAGGCGCGCCGAUGUAGAGAAGAACACGCACAAUCUGAUGGUGUAUCUGGAAGAGUUUGCCCAGAAAAACAGCGUGCAGGAGGUUUUUGAGGUUGACGAAAAGGCUUCCGAGCUUACCUCCAAAAAGUACCUGAAAUUCCAGGACAAGAGCGGGCUUGGGUGGGGGCCCAUGAAAAGAUGA